AUGAAGUCUUUCGCCAUCACUGCUGCCAUCCUGGCAUCCACCGUCGCCGCUCUCCCCACCAACAUCAUCCCUGGUGCUGCUUCUGGAGUCCUCCCCUCCGGCAUUCCCACCUGCCUGCCCUCUGGGAUCAUCCCCGCGGGCCUCCCCAUUCCCUCGGGCAUCCCCACCUGCCUUCCCUCUGCCGGUGCUGCUCCCGGCGCUAACGCUGGUGUUGACAACUCCCAGGUCUCUACUGACCAGGUUACCAGCCAGGUCACUGGCCAGGUCCACAGCGUCCUGACCGUGACUGACCAGGCUUCCAAGAUGGUCCUCGUUGAGCUUGAGCCCUCCGUGGCUGGCCUCCUGUCCGGUCUCAACCUGGGCAGCGUCACCCAGUCCGUUGGCCAGAUCAUCCAGGUUGCUCCUACUGUCGGUGCCCUGAACCUGAACGGUGCCACCGGUGGUCUCCUGACCGUUGCUACUGGCGAGGGCUCCGUCGCUCUCGUCAAGCUCACCUCCACCGUUGAGGGUCUCCUCGCCGGUCUUGGCCUCCCCGAGGUUGGCUCGCUCGUUGGAUCUCUGGUUGGUACCCUCGAGGGUGUCGCUUCCGGCGUCACUGGCAACAUGAAGCGCGACGCUCUCUCCAACGUCAUGAGCAUCACCGACCUCAGCGGCAACCCCAUCCUCGUCCAGGUCGAGCCUACUGUCCUCAACCUCCUCGGUGGUCUCGACCUGUCCAACGUCCAGGGCACCGUUGGCACCGUCGUCGCUGAGGUCCCCGCUGUCUCCGGUCUCGCCGCUGCUGCCCAGGGCGUCGCUGCCGACCCCACCCAGCUCUUCGGUGUCCUCGGCCAGGACGGCACCUCCGCUCUCCUCGUCAAGGUUGAGGGCACUGCCACCGGCCUGCUCUCCCUGCUCGGCCUCUCCAGCCUGACCAGCACCAUUGGCAGCGUUGUCCCCGCCGGCCUCCUGUAA